AUGCAGAGCCGCAUCGUCGUCUUCGCGGCGGCGACGCGAGCGUGUGUGACGCUACUGGCACUGUCAACUUCAGCAAUCGUAGUGCCCUAUGAUACUUCUUCGCAUCUGCAGGCGGGGGGGUCACCCUUCGCGCCUUUAAGCAACUGGGACGGCGUCUACUACUCACACAUCGCGCUGCAUGGCUACGACUUCGAGCACUUUCACGCUUUCUUUCCUCUCUAUCCGUUGUUGGCGCGAUUGCUCGCUGGUUUGAUGCCUCUAGAGACUUCAUCAGCCGUGAUGGUCAGCGGUUGGCUUGUCAGCAAUGCGAGCUUCGUGCUGGCGGCGCUGUUUCUCUAUCGCCUGGGCUGUGUUGUGCUACGGGACGAGCUCGUCGCUCGACGAGCAGCCUACCUCUUCUGCGUGGCGCCGUCCAGCAUCUUCAUGUCGGCUAUUUACUCGGAGAGUCUGAUGUGUCUACUGAGCUUUAGUGGCAUGUACUUCCUUGCCAAACACGCACAGCAGCCGAAGACCAGUCAAUCCUUCCUGGACCUGGUGCUCUGCGCUCUGCUGUUUGGUGCAGCAUCGGCAACACGAUCCAACGGCGUUUUGCUAUCAUUGUUCAUUGCGUGGUAUCGCGUGACAGUCUCGCCAUCCCCACGAGAGUUUUUCCGGUUCUUAGGCUUCUGGAUACGAACUGCGGUUCUCGGUAUCCUGGCAAUUGGACCUCAGAUCGUGUAUUUCGUCACCUCGAUGGUGCCAUACUGCCCGUCGCUAGUACAGCGUUUCGGUUGGGAAGUUUUCGGGACGGGUGAAAGGGAGGACCGUAGCUGGUGUGAGAACGCGGUGCCAAACUUGACUGCAAUGUACUCAUUCAUCCAGAGCAAGUACUGGAACGUUGGACUAUUCCGCUACUACGAGUGGAAGCAACUGCCAAACUUUAUCCUUGCUGCGCCGAUCUUUUUGCUGAGUUUCCAUGCACUUGACGGGUACUUUCGGCGUAGUGUCGUUCCGGGACAAUCCAUUGUGGUGUCAGAACCGCAAGGACGGGGCUGGAGGGGCACUGCUCUAACUCCGUAUUAUGUGCAUUGGUUGUUCUUAGUGGUGAACGCACUACUGGUCGUACACAUUCAGGUGACAACGAGAUUCUUGUGUGCGUGCCCUCCACUGUUUUGGCACCCUGCCAUGCUGAUGUGUGGCUCCAAAGUGAAAAGCAAAGCGCCUCCAGUUCUGACAAGUUACGGUAGACUCGUCGUGAGCUACUUCCUGCUCUUCACCGUGCUUGGAAGUGUUCUCUUCCCCUCGUUUUACCCGUGGACAUAA